AUGUCUCACGGCAAGAUGACGCUGUACAAAUUGGUGGUCUUGGGCGAUGGUGGCGUGGGCAAGACCGCCCUGACGAUACAGUUAUGUCUCAACCACUUCGUCGAGACCUACGACCCCACAAUCGAAGAUUCAUACCGCAAGCAGGUCCAAAUCGACGGCAUGUCGUGCAUGCUUGAAGUGCUCGACACGGCCGGGCAGGAAGAGUAUACAGCGCUGCGGGAUCAGUGGAUAAGAGACGGCGAAGGGUUCAUACUCGUGUACAGCAUAUCCUCACGCUCGUCAUUCACACGGAUACAGAAAUUUCAUCACCAGAUACAGCGGGUGAAGGAAUCCGCCGCGGCAGCAUCACCCACGUACCCCGGCUCGCCGCUCUCGCAAACCAUGGGCAAUUCAUACGGGCCCGCACCGAUCAUGCUGGUGGGCAACAAAUGCGACAGAGUGACGGAGCGAGAAGUGUCCACACAAGAAGGCCAGGCGCUCGCAAAGUCGCUGAAUUGCGAAUUUGUGGAGGCGUCCGCCAAGAACUGCGUCAACGUCGAGCGCGCUUUCUACGAUGUCGUGCGCCAGCUCCGGCGACAGCGAUCCAACGCUCCCUCACGGCAGAGCCAGAAGACCUCGAAUUCUGAUCCAGUCCCUCGCACGCCCCGGACAAACGGGAAUGAUGUGUACAAUGAUCGGGAGAAGAAGAAGCGAUACCGUCGAUCGGAUAGAGAUCGAGAGCGAGGAGGAGGCAGCAAAUGCGUUAUAUUGUGA